AUGUUUGAAACAGAAGAUUACACAUGUUCUUCCUGUCAUGAAACUUGUGGUACUUGUCACGGUUCCAAUAGCACACAAUGCAUAUCCUGCGAGUUGGGACGUUACUGGCAUGAAGGACAAUGUUUAAAGGACUGUCCUGCCCAUCAUUAUGCCGACACAGUCCAAAAAGAAUGUGUCGAAUGCCCUCCAGGAUGUUCAGAAUGCAACAAAACUACCUGCAUUUCCUGUCUCGACGAUUGGCAAAUCAAUUCAAAAGGAAGAUGUGUUCCUCAUGGAAGCGAAAAGUGUGGAACAGAUCAGUAUAUUGACGGCGGUAACUGUAAGCCGUGUCACUCGACGUGUGAAACAUGUGAUGGACCUACAGAACACACCUGUUUAUCCUGCGCGAAUCCCCUUAUUCUACAAGGAACCCACUGCGUAGCCGAAUGUGAAAAGGGUUCUUUCCACGAUAAAAUGUCCCGAACAUGUGAACCCUGCUAUCACACCUGUCAGGAAUGUGUCUCAAAAACAAACUGCUCCAUUUGUACCAACGGAUUACUUCUACAGGGAGGUGAAUGUAGAGCAUCGUGUGCAGCUGGUUAUUACAGUGAUCGUGGGGUCUGCACUCGGUGUUAUUUGAGUUGCGAGACAUGUAGCGGGCCUGGUCAUGAUCAAUGUGUGAGUUGUCCGCCAAAAUGGCAACUGGCGGGCGGAGAAUGUCGUCCUGACUGCCCUGAUGGAUAUUACAAAACGGAUUAUGGAUGUCAAAAGUGCCAUUACUCCUGCAGGAAUUGUCAAGGUUGCAAGAAUCAGGCGGACAAGAGAAGAAUAAAUGUGCAAGCAUACCUACUUUCAGCUCAACCAGUUUCAACAUUUCAAUUAGUUAACCCUUUCAAUUUCAUGACAGGCAUUGCAAUAAUUGCUUGCCUAUGUGUCGUCGUGUUAUUCGUAACGAUAUUUAUAAUAUUACAAGUAAGUAACAUAAAACUAUUUACUAAUAUUACCCACAUCCAAUUUUGA